GUGUUGUGUUCAGCUAGUAGCCCAACGUCACCCAUUGAUAAGGGAGCCGAGGAGGGUCCUUGCACAGAAAUCUUCGCCUCCUCCUCCUCCACUUUCACCGCCACGGAGGAAACUGGAUCAACAUAUCUUCUUCUGUUGGCGACAAUCAGGCCCAGUUCGUAUUUUGUUUUGCUCCUCCUGUUUCGGCCAUGAAUAAGCAGCCUAGUAAGGAAAGCCUCAAAGAUAAAGUCAAAGGCAUCUUUGGGCUGGGCCCUCCUCGACCACCAAGCAAACAAAGUGAACCUAAACUAUCUGAGUUUAUCAUUACGACUGACAUCAUCAAGGAGCUCCACCCAGACUGCGGCUUGAGUAACCGCAUAAAGAUGAUGAAUAAUGUCUGUGACCUUGCAAAAACAAAAAAAUUUGAGGAGCAUGCAGUGGAGGCGGUGUGGAAGGCUGUGGAGGAUAUGCUGACUCCUGAGCAGCCUCCUGAAGCCAGACAUGCUGUGCUUCAGCUUCUUAGAGCCAUCAUACAGGGACAGGGGGAGCGGCUCGGUCCUCUGAGGGCCUACUUUUUUAAGGUGAUAAGAGACUACCAGCCUUGCAACGAGGAUCUCUCUGAUAGGCUGGAAGUCUUCAAAGCUCUAACUGAGAAUGGAAAAGACAUCACGUACCUGGAGGAGGACAUAGCACGUUUUGUCCUCCUGUGGAUGGACAUUGGGCUCACCUCUGACUUUCUUCACGUUCUUGUAAAUCUGGUUAAAUUCAACUCAUGCUACUUGGACCAGAAUGUGUCCAUCAUGGUCCAGAAAAUAUGUCUGCUCUGUAAUAGGACAGUGUCAUCAACAGAUAUUGAGGUGGCACUGCAGGUUCUGGAUGCAGUGGUAUGUUACAACUGUCUGCCCUCAGACUCUCUCACAGUCUUCAUCAUCACGCUCUGUCGGACCGUCAAUGUAAAGGAGUUUUGUGAAUCGUGCUGGAAGUUGAUGAGGAAGGUAUUGGGAACUCACCUCGGCCACAGUGCCAUUUAUACCAUGUGCCGAAUAAUGGAGGAGAGGGUGUACAUGGAGGAUGCACCAUUGUUGAGAGGAGCUGUAUUUUUUGUUGGAAUGGCCCUGUGGGGUGCUCACAGACUGCCUGCACUCAAAAACACACCGACACUUGUGCUGCCAUCAUUUUACAAGGCCAUGUCUUGUGCCAAUGAGGUGGUGUCUUAUGAAAUCGUCCUCUCCAUCACCAGACUAAUAAAGAAGUACGGUAAAGAGCUGCAGGUGGUCACCUGGGACAUCCUGCUGGGAAUCAUAGAGCGACUGCUGCAACAGAUUCAGAUGAUAGGAAGUGCAGAGUUGAAGGCCAUUGUUUAUGAGCUGCUGACCACCGUAGAGGAGCUGUAUGAGCAGAAUGGUUACCAUGGCUCAACGGAGAAGUUCUUCAGCCUGGUGGAGAAAUGUGCAGACAAGAGACCAGAUGCGUCAGUCCUCACCCUUAUCUCCUACAGAGCUCAGUCUAUUCAGCCAGCUAAGGACGGCUGGAUUCAGAGCCUUCAUCGUCUCAUGGAGAAAUUCUUUAGAAACGAGACUCGCAGUGUGAUAAGGAUUAAGGUGCUUCACAUCCUGUCCUUCGUUCUUAGCACCAACCGUCAGCUGUAUGAGGAUGAGUUAAUAGAGAUGGUGGUGAUCCCCCAGCUCAGUGGAAUAGCAGAAGACCGAGACCUGGCUGUCAGAAAACAGGCGACCCAGCUGCUUGUGGACCUCGCUGAGGGCUGCAACACACACCACUUCACCAGCCUGCUGGACAUCAUUGAGCGGGUUGCCAGUCGCUCGCUGGUGUGUUCAGGGCCCCUGGAGGUUUCUGAAAGAGACUCCACAGUAGAGUCUCCCAUGGAGGACGUUAGGACUGCUAUACUAGGUCUGCUGGAAAUCUUGCAGAGCAAGCUUUACAGCCUACCAGCCAGCCACGCCAGCCGCGUAUACGAGCUACUGAUUAGCCACCUGCAGCUUCACUACAAAAACAAGUACUGCUCAGCCAUUGCUUCCAGUAUUAGACUCCAGGUUUUUGACUUCUUCCUGAUGAUGCGAGCCGACUCUCUUCAUCGUCUCGGGGUCCCCAACAAAGACAGGGCAAUUAGAUUCAGUCCUUAUUGUUAUUGUGACACAGGAGAGCCAGAGAAACGUGUCAGUGAAAAGAAGCCUGCAGGUUCAACAUCUCCUCCUGCCGGCAGCCCAGCUCCCGCCACUGCUGCUUCUACAGCCACGAUACGCUCAGCCUACCUGCCCUAUGCUCCUGCCUUUAGUGUACUCCUGCAGUGCCUCAAGAUGGAAACUGAUUGGAAGGUGCUGAAGCUGGUUCUCGACAAGCUGCCAUGGACACUGCAGUACAAAGUUCUGCUGCUCACAUCACCAUGUAGCUUGGAUCAGCUAUGCUCAACACUCUGCUGCAUGGUGACAGAUCGUCUGAUCUCAGAGCGCUUAAAAAAGACCCCAGAGGGAUUUUCUCGAACUGAUGUUCAGCUGGCUGUGGUUCCUGUUCUUACAGCGAUCACGUCCUAUCAUAACUACCUGGAGCAGUCUAGACAGAGAGAGUUGGUUCAGUGCCUUGAGACCGGACUUAUUUACCGCUGUGCCAAGCAGUGUGUGGUGGCUCUUACAAUGUGCACCGUGGAGAUGCCUGACAUUAUGAUCAAGCUUCUGCCCGCUCUCAUCGUCAAGCUAACUCAUAUUUCUGCAACUGUUGCCAUGGCAUCUCCAAUGCUCGAGUUCCUCUCCACUCUGGUGCGCCUGCCUCAUCUCUAUGCCAACUUUGUCGCCGAGCAGUAUGUCAGUGUGUUUGCCAUUUCUCUUCCCUACACUAACCCUUCCAAGUUCAACCAGUAUAUCGUGUCCCUGGCACACCAUGUGAUAGCCAUGUGGUUCAUACGCUGCAGACUCCCCUUUCGCAAAGAUUUUGUUCAGUACAUCACAAAGGGUUUGCGCUCAAACGCCCUGCUGCCAUUCGAUGACAGCCAUGAGCAAAGUUCAUUUCGUGCCAGAAGCACCAGCCUUAAUGAAAGGCCAAAGAGUCUGCGGGCAGCUAAAGUGGCGAAGGCGGCAGCAGCUGUAGCCAAUAGCAGCAGCUCUCCAGUUAAAGAGCUGAGGGACCUGUCAGCCAUGGACGCUUUCCGCUCCCGCAGCAUCAGUGUCUCGGAACAUGCGGUCCGCAGGAUGCACACCUCAACCACCACCUGCAGUCUGGGCUCUGCUGAUGAAAACGCUGUGACUCAGGCAGACGAGGGGUUAAAGACAGUCCACUUGGAGCUCACAGAGACCUGUUUAGACAUGAUGGCCCGAUAUGUCUUUUCCAACUUCUCUGCUCUGCCCAAAAGGUCUCCAAUUGCAGAGUUCCUCCUGGCAGGGGGUCGCAGUAUGACUUGGCUGGUUGGCAACAAGCUGGUGACAAUAACAACCAGUGGUGGGGUCAGAACUCAGGCACUGCUUGGCCUGGACAUGGCUGAACGGCUGGGAGGUGGAGGGGAGAUGACAAGGUCUGACCCAUCACUGCACACCAGAAUUACUAAAGAGGCUCCAGCAAAACUGGAGUCCCAGUCCAGCCAGCAGCACAACAGAGCCACACGCAUACGAGUCCGCUCUAUGUCAGGUGGCCACGCUCUACGUGCCGGUCCUGCUCAGAGCCUCAGUCCUCUGGUGUCUCCCUCUGAGGGUGAGUUAGCUGCUCCGCUCUCACCUCCUUCUAGUUCCAACCUGGAUGGUCUUGGUCCUCCAUCCUCUGCCUCUGCCACUCCAGCUGCUCCUCAGCCUCUCAAAGACAACCCCAGUCUGGCUGAGUUUGUCCCCAUGCUCACACAGGGCUGGGCAGAGAUCUUCAUACGCAGACCAUCUGGUAACACAAGCUGGCUGAUGUGUCUGGAGAACCCUCCAAGUCCCUUUUCCUCAGAGCUUGGUAACAUGCCGCUGCAGGAGCUCUCCAGUGUCCUCAUGGCCAUGGAGGGUGUGAAGGAACCCCCGACACAAACAGCCAGUGCUCCUGCCAGCACGGCUGCUCCUGCACCGGCCCCUGUUUCUGAAUCACUGACCCAAGCACACAGCAACAUCGGGGGGAAGACAAACCUAAUCCAGCGCUCUAACACAGUGAGCGGUUCUCUCUGGUCUCUGGGUUUGGGCUCUGCCCUCCCAGGCCCUCCGGCCCCUGGCAGGCUGCACAGGAGCAUUUCCUGGGCAGACUCUGUUGUGGUGCUGGAGGAGGGCUCAGGGGUCACCACAGCUCAUACCCCAUCUGAUUGGCUAGAGAGUGAAGAGUUUGAACCGAUGACAUCUGAUCCCAUCUUCAUGUCUGCUGAUAAGUUCACAAAGAUCCCCCCACCUGGGACGCUCAGCAGGUCCUCUUCCACCUCCAGUCAAGACGAGGAAAAGUCAACACUGGAGGAAGUUAGUGAAGGAGCUAUUCCCAUUGAUCAGCCCACUGUGGGACCCUCCACUCCAGGCAGCCAGGGGCCUGAGCUUCCCUUCCAAGCCCACCCUCAGUCCCAGGGUCAUGGACUUAACAAGUCCAGCUCCUCUCCUGAGCUCCAAACUUUACCUGAAGCUUUCUCCAAGGUGGCUAUGGAGUCUGAGACCAUGCCUGGAGAGGCAUCAUGGCCAAAAGGACCAUUAGACAACAAACCCCCGACCCUUCAGCCUCAUUCAGAGAAGGAGAAGGUGGAGGAGAGCCCAGGAGGGGAUGUUAAUGGUGUGGGUGGUCAGGGUCAAGCGGGGGAAGGAGCAGGUGUUGUGGCAUCUCAAAGUGGCAGCGGAGGUGGAGCUAGGAUGAGGUUGGAGUUUCCAGCAGCAGCAGCACAACCUGGACCCAUUUCACCCAGUGGAGGCCACCGUCCACGAGGUCACACCAUCUCAGUGUCUGCCCCGUCUUCCAGGAGGGAGAGGAGGACAGAGAGGGACCCGUACCACAGUCGACCUGGACCAGGAAACACAGAGAAGAUCUCUGGAUUGAGCCCCAGCUUCGUUUUCCUCCAGCUGUACCACUCUCCUUUCUUUGGAAAUGAAGCAAACAAGCCACUGCUGCUGCCCAAAACUCAGGUAAUUGACCGUGCUGUGAAGGUUCUGGACCAGAUGCCACCCUAUGACACCCACAAGAUUGGAGUUGUCUUUGUGGGAGCUGGUCAGGUUAACAAUGAAGUUGCCAUUCUUUCAAAUGAAUAUGGAUCAAACCGCUACGCCGCCUUCCUAACAGGCCUGGGAAAAUUAAUCCAUUUGAAAGACUGUGACCCAGACCAGAUCUUUCUUGGAGGGCUUGAUCAAUACGGUGAUGACGGAGAGUUCACCUACUGCUGGCAUGAUGACAUCAUGCAGGCUAUCUUUCACAUAGCCACAUUGAUGCCAAACAGAGAGAGCGACAAAGGCUGCUGCAACAAAAAGCGUCACAUUGGUAAUGAUUUUGUCAUGGUGGUUUACAACGACUCUGGAGAGGAGUACAAACUAGGCACAAUUAAGGGUCAGUUUAACUUUGUAGAAGUCAUUAUUAAACCUCUGGAUUAUGAAUGUAAUCUGGUCACCCUCCAGUGCCGAAAAGACUUGGAGGGGUUGGUGGACACAACUGUGGCAAAAAUCGUUUCAGAUCGCAACCUUCCUCUUUUGGUCCGACAAAUGGCUCUGCAUGCAAAUAUGGCCUCUUUGGUGCACCAAUAUAGAGCCAAUCCGUCCGAUGCCUACGCCUCAAAGUGGUUAGCGAGAUUACGGCACAUCAAGAGGAUCAGGACCAGGGCUCAGGAAGAUAUACAGUCUCGUUCAACACCAGGCAUCUCGCUAACCCAAGGACACACACAGCAAAAUAAGUCAUUUCAGCAGAGCACUCAAACAGCUAACCCAGAAGCAUCAGGGCAGAGGAAAAGACUCGUGUCAACAGUGGAUGAUUUCACCGAUUUUGUCUGAAAACAUUUCUUGUCCUGGCCGACACAAACACACAACCACAGACACGCACACUCAUGCCUUAGAGCUUCGGUGAGUCUACUUUCACCUCUUUAUGUGAAAGAAUUCAAGAAGACACUGAUUUCAACUUCAACCAAUUGGGACUUUAUAUUGGAAAAAUAAAAAGCUUCAAGGCUUACAAAGGCUAAUUUUGUGAUGAAGUAUUGAUAUGUGAAGACAGUAAUUUCUGCAUAUUUUUCAAGAAUUUUGAAACGCUACAGCUUUGCACUUUUUAAAACUAAUCAUAAUGUUUCUCAUGUGCAACGUGAGAUGGGUGAAGUUGUACAGACACUACAUUUGAGAGCAGAAUGUGUUUGUGUGUAAAUAUGUGUGCAGAAUAAAAGUAAUUUGAAAAAG